CAAGUAAGUAUGUGGGUGGGUUCCUCUCCUUGAUCCUUCUCGGUUUCAAUCGUUUUUGAAAAAGAAAAAGGAGAAGGAUGUUGGGGCUUCUGGGGCCCCCAAGGAUGGUGGUGGUGAGGCGGCUCAAUCCAUUGCUCGGCCCGCGUCAUCCCAUAAGAGAAAGAGGGAUGAGGUUGAUGAAUCUUUGGAGGUUAUUUCUGAAUGUGAUAGGGAGAUUGCGGGUACUGUUAAGUCCGCAUUUGAUCGGCAAAGGCGACUUCAUGGAUUUAUACCUGGGACCAGCCCCCAUUCUUUGUGGAGUGACCAGUUCCCUAUAGCCGAGCUUUCCGACAGGGUUUCUCAAUACCCUGGCGAUAUGCUCAUGACCCGCCGCAUUGGGAUGGAGGGAAUAGGGAAGUUUAUCCAAGUUCGCUUCUAUGUUUAUUUAUUGUGCUUCCUCUUGUCCUUUAUUGUUACCGCCUCUGUUCAUGAAUUUUCGUGUUGCCAUUGAUAGAUCGUUGCUUCCCGUUUGAUGUGCGUGGGCCGUACUACCGAGUUAAUCGGGGCUGAGCAGCAGGCGAGUGUGGGGAGGGUUGUCGAGCUGGAGAAUUUGUUGAAGGAAAAAGAUGUUUUGAUGGAAAAGACUUUGAAAAAGAAAGAUGAAGCAUUUGCGGAAGUGGAGCUGAAGCUGAAGUCAUCUGAGGAGGAGGUUAAUCGUCUCCGAGAUCAGAUUCGGCUCCUUCAGUCCGAUAUUAAAGAUAGUGAUUUAGCCAAGGGUCAGCUGACUGCCCGUGUUCAGGAAUUGGAGGAGUUGGGUAUGGAAAUGUUCGCUUCUGGUUUCGACCGAUCUGUUAGCCAGAUCGCUGUGUUGGUUCCUGAAUUUGAUUGUGCUCGGAUGGACGUGACAAAGGUUGUUAUUGAUGGGAAGCUUGUGGUGGAUGGCACAGAGGAGGACCAUGAUGAGAAUGCUCCCCCUCCUACUUAGUUCGGAUAUUAUUCCUGCUUAUUUUGUUAUCUUUGUAAGUGAACUUAUAAUUUGUAGAUGGAGUGUUAGUUAGUUUGAACUUAUUCGCUGGUUCCGACCUUGUUUAGGUUGGCCUUUGUUUUGUUGUUUGGAACUUGCCUUAUUAUGAUAGCAAGUAUGAUAGUUGGUUAUGGUAUAAUUCGACGUUGAAUGUAUAUUUUGAAUAUGAAAUAUGAAAUGUUUGAUUAGAUUUUGAACAUUGAUGAAGGAUAUUGUGCGUCAGGCCUCGUUAAAACCCUCCUUAGGCAAAAACCCUUUUUUGGGAAAAAAGGCUCUAAGGGGGAAAAAGAGUACCCUCAUCCGCCAUUUGUACAACCUAAGAUUGGUAUAUCUUUAAAGAGGAGAUAUUCCAGGUCCCGGAUAUUGGGUUGCCUUGUAAUGUUUGUAAUUGAUAAGCCCCCAUGCCGAGCACCUUUACUACUCGGAACGGGCCUUCCCAGUUAGCGGCGAGCUUCCCAUGGGUUGGGGGACGUCUGGCUUCUUCUGUUCGUCUGAGCACUAAGUCGCCUUCUGUAAAU